AUGUCUGACUUCUACGUUCGGUACUACACCGGCCAUCAAGGCAGACACGGCCACGAGUUCCUCGAGUUCGAAUACUCCCGCGGUCGACUACGCUAUGCGAACAACUCGAACUACCGCAACGACAGCCUGAUUCGCAAAGAGAUGUGGAUCAGUCCACUCAUGGUAGAGGAGCUACGUCGCAUCGUCGACGAAAGCGAGAUCAUGCAGGAAGACGAUGCCAAGUGGCCCAAGAAGAACUCGACGGGCCGACAGGAGCUCGAGGUGCGGUUGGGCAAGGAACACAUUUCGUUCGAGACGGCCAAAAUCGGCUCGCUGGUCGACGUGCAAGACAGCGACGAUCCAGAAGGUCUUCGAGUCAUGUACUAUCUCGUCCAGGAUCUCAAGUGCCUCAUCUUCAGCCUCAUCUCGUUGCAUUUCAAGAUCAAGCCCAUCGCCUAA